AUGGAAAACAAGAUGUCAUGCAGAAUCGCCAUCAUUGGCGCCGGUUUCGCCGGGGUAUGGAGCGCCCUCUCAGCAAAGCGACUCAUCAACCUCCACAACACGGAGCAAAACAUUGAGGUCCUCGUCAUUGCCCCGGAACCAUCGCUAGUAAUGCGUCCACGCCUCUACGAAGCCAACGCCUCAGGGAUGAAUCAUCCUCUCGGACCGCUCUUCAAGUCUGCUGGUAUCGGCUUUUUCCAGGGCACCGCCGAGGCCAUCGAUACGCAGUUACAGACGGUCCGUGUUCGAUCCGUUUCAGGUGAUGAGUCCGAUAUUGAAUUUGACCGGCUCAUUCUAGCAGCUGGAAGUGCUGUCGUACGACCAAAGAGCGUCACUGGCCUUGAACAGUAUGCAUUUGACAUCGACUCUUUGACUUCUGCGGGCAAACUCGAGUUUCAUCUCAACAGCCUAAAAUCACUUCCGCAAAGUAAAGCUCGCGAUACUGUAGUCGUAUGUGGUGGCGGUUUCACUGGUAUUGAGCUUGCAGCAGAGUUUCCGAGACUGCUUCGCAACAUCGACAACGUCCGCAUCGUCCUUGUUGAAAGCGCGCAAGAUCUUGGACCAGAGCUGGGAGCAGGGCCUCGUCCCACCAUCACGAAGGCCCUGAAACACCUCCGGAUUGAAGUCAAGCUGGGGUCCGCAGUUACUGACAUUGAUGACAGCGGUGUGACCCUUGCCUCUGGUGAGCGCAUCGAAACAAGGACAGUCGUCUGGACCGCCGGUAUGCGAGCAACACCCCUCACACAGCAAAUCCGCGGAACCAAGGACCCCCUCUCCCGACUUCACGUUGACCAAUAUCUCCGCGUUCCGACCUGUAAGCACGUCUUCGCCACUGGCGACGCCGCUCACGCCAUCGCCGAUACAAAAGGCCACGCCGCCUUGAUGUCCUGCCAGCACGCCAACAUCCUCGGCCGCUUCUCAGGCCAUAAUGCAGCAGCAGCCCUCCUCGGCGAACCAAUGAUAGCGUACUCCCAGCCGGAGUAUAACUGCUGUAUCGAUCUUGGAUCAUGGGGCGCGAUGAUUGCAAAUGGCUGGGAUAGGGAGGUUAAGAUCACAGGCCACGUCGCAAAGCAGGUCAAGAAGUAUGUCAAUCAGAAGCUGAUUUAUCCGCCGCAAGAUGCAAAGGAAGCAAUCAAGGCUGCGGAUCCCGCUUGUUCUGACUCAGAUGGCCUUUUCAAACAGUUUCUGGGAGUCUUGGGAUGGACACUGAGUAGUUGGAAGGGUAUGAGGACGGCGGAGCAUUGA